CAAAACCUUAACAAAUCACUCGGCCUCAGAAAUCUCUUGGGUGUGUUCUAGAAUUGCAGUUGUCAUUUUUUACGCCAUAAUGGGCUUCUUACCGCAGAGCAAGACUGCGUUGUGGGGAUACGCCAUUCUGGCAAUCACAUGGUCUAUAUUUGUAUUCGGUAUGAUCUUCGUACUGGGACUUAUUCGAGUACCCAUUUACAUUGAUGGCAAGAGCUCCCCCAUCCAGAGUUAUUAUCCCUGCUUGCUAGUGCUCAUGUUCACUGUAGUCGCCUUAGUUUGGGUCAGUUUCAAUUGGCUCGGCCUCAAGUACUUUCGACACUCACCGAGUGCCGUCAAACGCUCUUGAAUCAUCCAUAUUCCCACAAUCGCAUCCAGCAUCCUACCCUCCCAGCCUGCUUGUCAUCCGUAUCUCGCAUCCAACAUGGGCUCACUGCUUGUUAAAAAAAAUAAUAAUUCUCGAUUCGGUUGAAGGAACGACAAUGCUUGUGUGUUAACGUG